CCCCACUGUGCAUCCACACUGUGCUCUCAAACUGUAAAAAAAGAGUUAGGGUGCGAAGAGUAGAGCUGCUUUUACUUUUGUCUUUCCUUGACCUGCACAAGCUCUAAAACCUACAUACAUUUUGUAGAUUUUUUUUCAUACUUGCAUACAUUUUUAUAGAUUUUUUUUAUACUGCACCCCACAGAUCAGUGAAGAUUUUUUUCUGUGCAUUAUAUGUAAAAGUAAAAACACAGUGGGAACUGUCUUGGAAAAAGCUUGACUUUUAUGAAGACAUGAAGUGUAUCGGAGAAGAGGAGAGGAAAUACCCAGAGGAAUGGCAUCGUGGGAAAAUCUGGCACUCAGAGGGGACGGACAACAACCAAGUGGAGAGGAUCUUUAAAAGAUGGAGGACACAGGCGGAGAGGCAGUACAGGAUGGGAGGAGUGGGGGGGUGGAGGGACAUUGGAUGGCGUGAGGACCAAGGCCGGUGGUUGGUUUGAUCUGAGCCACGUGUGUGUCCAGCCACGUCUCUUCGCCGCUUAAUGGAGUUCGAUGAAACGUUGGCUUCCUCUACUGCACGGUCCCUUCUGUCUUGGCCCAGGUAGGUUUUCUGACACGAGAUGCGUGAGACCUCGGGGAGGAAAUCAGAAAACGGUGCUUCAGUCCCUCAUUCUCCAGUGGGAGUACAGCUCAAUAACUAGUGUCAAGGUGUAUAUGAAGCAGGCAGUCAGCUGUUCAGUAACAAACUAUGGUUGUUCUGGGUAGCUUCCAGGUAUGAAUCCUUUAAGGGGAAUGACUGUGAAGCAGAACAAAGAAAACUCCCACUGAGAACAUUAAAGUGAAAACGCAGGAUCUACUGGCAAUGUCAUCGCUCUGCUCUGUGAUGAGGUUUAACUGGGGGUUCAGGUUGAGAAACAUGCUCUACCUCCACAACACAGGGCAGCCUUGAACUCUGCACCGUCACCCACUCUAUCCUCAGCCAUGAGUGUAACUGUAAGAUGAUAGUAUGAGAACAACAGCACCGUGGCACCUAACAUCCCACUGCUUCACCACCUCAAUAAAAACCUAGCUGGACAAUUUAGUCUGUGUUGUGAAAAUGGCAGAAAAAGGUUUCCAGCUCAGAGCGCUCAACUGCGCAGAAGACUUCCCAACGACAUCCCUAGCAUCCCUCCAUCUUAGGGAUGAGGCUGUGGUCAUCAACGAGAGCACCAACCAUAUGGGAGAUAAUCCUGAGCUUCAUUCUGUAUUUUCUGUGAUGAUGUCAUCACCGCAUAACCAAUCACGACAGCAAUCAGACAUAUCCAUAGCUACUAGGCCUGAGCCUUCACCAGCAGUUCAAGAGUUCUUGGAUCCUGAAAUAGGCCAAAGCGACAGCGAGUCUCAGGCUCACACCCUGACAGCGUUCCUGCAAGACCUUUCCUCCCCUGUUGAUCCUGAUGAUGUGUUUCCUGCACUAAGAAGCAACAUUGUCAAGGAAGGAGAACUUCAACCCAAGAACAACAAAACCAAAGCGAUGGCAGCAUGUGACUCCAGCUCUGAUGACAACCAUCUGUCCAAUGCAGAGUGGUACUGGGGAAAUACCUCGAGAGAGGAAGUAAACGGGAUGAUGAGAAACACUCCUGAUGGCACAUUUCUGGUCCGAGAUGCUUCCAGUAAAGUUAAGGGGGAAUACACUCUCACACUAAGGAAAGAUGGCUCCAACAGACUGAUAAAGAUCUACCAUCAUGGGGGGAAGUAUGGCUUUUCUGAACCACUGGUCUUUCCCACUGUGGUGGAUAUGAUCCAGCACUACCAGCACAAGUCUCUGGCACAGUACAACUCUAAACUGGACACCCGGCUACUUUACCCCAUUACCAGAUACCAGCAACAGCAAGUUGUGAUGGAAGUUAACAUUGAUGCAGUUGGAGAGCAGCUGAGGAUAUUUCAAGAUCAAUACAAAGAGAAGAGCAAAGAGUAUGACCUUCUGUUUGAGAAGUUUAACCAAACAUCACAGGAGCUGCAGAGCAAGCGGACAGCCAUAGAGGCUUUCAGUGAAAUCAUUCGGAUCUUUGAGGAGGAGUGUGAAACUCAAGAACGCUACAGCAAAGAAUACAUUGACAUGUUCCUCUCACUAGACAGCAGUACAGAUUCAGACACGAUUCAAAGCAAUUCAGAUGAGCUGCAGUCCAGGGUGGAGGAGAUCCACAACAGUAAGAAGAAGUUGGAGGAGGAGCUGAGCAAGAAGGCGCUGGCUCACAUGGAGGUCGACAAGAAAAUGAACAGCCUGAAGCCCGACAUAGUGCAGCUCAGGAAGAUCAGAGAUCAGUACUUGCUCUGGCUCAACCAACAAGGUACUAGGCAGAGCCAGAUUAAUGAUUGGCUGGGUAUCAGGAAUGAAGAAGAAGACCCAUACACUCUGGCAGAUGAUAUCGACCAGGAAGAAAGGAACUGGUACGUUGGUGGUAUGAGACGUAAGGAGGCAGAGGAGCUGCUGAAGGGGAGGAGAGACGGGACCUUCCUAAUCAGAGACAGCCAGACUCAGCGAGGCUCCUUUGCCUGCUCUGUUGUUGCGGAUGGGGAUGUGAAGCACUGUGUGAUCUACAAGACAGCCACAGGGUACGGCUUCGCUGAGCCCUACAACCUAUAUCCAUCGCUAAGAGAGCUGGUCCUCCAUUAUCGACACACAUCCCUGAUACAACACAACCAGCAGCUGAAUGUAACCCUGGCCUGGCCUGCUCUUGGCCAGCAGCCCAGCUGAUAUGCACCAGCAGGCCACCCUGAUGGCACUUUCCCAAAACUUCACUGUAUUUGCACCACGGACACACUAACGUGACACUGUUACCAGGCUCCAACAGAGUACGGGUUAGUGUCGUCACCAAACGAAAGAUUCCAGAAACCGUUUUAGUGCUCAGAUCUAAAAAUUCUACACUGGUUAGAUGUCACAGGAAACAAAAAGCAUUACUGUCACAACCACUCAAAUGCGAUUACUUGGAACAGAUUUUGAACAGCCUUUCCACAGUAGUUUUAAGGUUGAUUAGUUCAUUGUCAGCUUUGUGAGUUAAAUACAAUGGUAGUAUUUUGACUGCAGCUCUGUUCUAAUGCAAUUUCUUUUUUUAAAGCUAAUGUUCCUAAUAUUAAUAUUCCCAUUUACUUUCCAUCUGCACAGCUUGCAAAACACAAUUGGGAUUAUGUACUUAACUGAAUUCAAUAUUGAAUUAAAUAUUUUGCAGCAGUAAUGAGGUAUUGCCUCAUCAUGACAACAAUAGUACAACAGCGAGUGUCCCAAACCAAUGCUGGUAUUAAAGUUGUCAAAAUCUUAACAGUGUAGUAAUUUAUAAUGACAUGAAUCAAGGUAACACAGGAUACUAGUAUCUAGCUUUUAGAAUUCUGAUAGUGAAUUGGCUUUUCAAAGUAAAACAAUCAAAGUAGAGAAAUAUAAUUGGGCUUUCUUUUUAAAUUAUAAAUAGGAAGGUAUAUUUCCCAGUUAAAGAUAAAUUGAUUUAAGUUAUUCACUAAUCCAGAAAUUUCAUAUUUCAGUGUUUCUUUUCUUCUUCUUUUUUCUAAAAGUACAAGAAUUCAUAAAUAUAUAAGAAGCAAAUAUUACAUUAUAAAGAGUAUUAAAGUCAUGGUCUCUAGAUUUCCAAUUUAUUUUUGUCCAACAAUCCUAAUGUUCUGCAACAGCCAUCAUCCCUCCACAGUACUUAUCUUAAAUCCAUAUAAUCAGAGCAGUUGCAUUGUUUAAGGUGGUUCUGGGAAACUGAGCUAAAGAUGAAAACUGCACUAACAAGCACAUGUGUAUUAUGGCUAGUGUAGUAUA